AUGUAUUUAAAUCUUCAUCCAAAGCUUGUCUUGGUAUUAGUCGCUGUGCUGGUCACUGUCGCAUGCGUGUCCAUCAGGCGUUUCCUCGUCCAGCGCCAGUACGCACGCAAGCACGGUUGCCAGGCAGUAGCAAGAUCGUUCAAUAAAGAUCCUUUCUUAGGCCUCGACACGCUCCCUGGGACCAUCCGCGCGCUGAGACAGCACAAAAUCCUCGAAAGGGGUGCCGAGCUCUUCCGCAUCUACGGCAACACCUUUACACUGACUGAGUUGCAGAGACACGCCAUCCUAACCAUAGAGCCUGAAAAUAUCAAGACGAUCCUAUCGCUGAAAUUCAACGAUUACGGCAUCAGCCACCGGCUUGGAGCCUUCAAACCACUACUAGGCGAGGGCAUCUUCGACACCGACGGCGAGCACUGGGCUGCAUCGCGCGCCCUGAUCCGGCCCAGCUUUACCCGCGACCAAGUAGCCGACUUGACGUCGUUGGAGAGUCUGAUUCAGGAUCUGUUCGCGUUGCUCCCUCGGGAUGGGAAGACAGUCGUCGACCUGCAGGAGCUGUUUUUCCGGUACACGAUCGAUUCCGCGACGGAGUUCCUGUUCGGACAGUCAGUCGGCGCUUUGAAGAAGUCUCAGUCUGAGCUUGGGUUCGCGCAGGCAUUUCAUUAUGCCCAGAAGGCUAUCAUCACGCGAGGCACGCUUGGGCCACUGGCCGUAUUCUACCGCGAUCGAAAUGCCGACGAAUGUAAUCGCGUCUGCAGGGAGUUCGUCCAGCGGUUCGUUGACGAGGCCUUCCAGGCAGUCGAGGUCAGGAGGGACUAUAAAGCAGGAGAAGAACAAGCAGAGACAAAGCGCCAGAAGCGUAUUUUCUCGCAUGAAUUGGCGUGGCGGACAUCUGAUAGGCGUCGCGUUCUGGACGAGCUGAUGAAUGUGUUGUUGGCUGGUCGUGAUACAACUGCUAGUCUACUUGGUAAUCUGUUCUUCAUGCUGGCUAAGGACCCGGCGAUUUGGGAUAAGUUGCGUAGAGAAGUGGCUGGUUUGCAGGGUCGGGCACCAACCUAUGAGGAGCUCCGCGGCCUGAGAUAUGUCCAGUGCUGUAUAAAUGAAUCGCUACGUUUACACCCCGUUGUCCCGCGCAAUGAACGCCAAGCGGUACGGGACACCGUCCUACCACUCGGAGGAGGCAGUGAUGGUCUCUCCCCGGUCUUCGUGCCCAAAGGGACCAUCGUGUCCUACAACGUUUACGCAAUGCAUCGGCGGCCUGACUUCUACGGGCCAGACGCAGAGGAAUUCCGUCCUGAGCGUUGGGAGGACGGAAAGCUGCAACCGCGAUGGGGGUAUCUGCCUUUUAAUGGCGGUCCGCGCAUCUGCAUCGGGCAGCGAUAUGCGUUGACUGAAGUUAGCUACGUUCUUGUCCGGAUGGUGCAGGAGUUCCGUGUCCUGGAGAGUCGGGAUCCGGGUCCGUGGGAGGAAUCGCUGGCUUUGUCGUUGUGUUCCCGGAAUGGGACAAGGGUGUGCCUUAUUCCUGGUUAA